AUGUCUGUGUUAAGGAAUAUGUCAAUUAUUUUAGUAAUAUUUGGUUUAGUUGCAACAAUAGUAGAAAGAACAGAAGCAGCAGAUCAUACAGUUGGAGGCUCAACAGGUUGGACAAGUACUGCCGGGGCUAAGUUUUACUCCGACUGGGCAUCCAAUAACACAUUCAAACAAAACGAUGUUCUAGUUUUCAAUUUCUUUGCGGGUGCGCACACUGUUGCUGAAACUAACAAGGCAGACUUUGACAACUGCAAUGUGAAUCAAAAUACAAAUGCCAUAAUAGCAACAUCACCAGCAAGAGUCACUCUUAACAGAACUGGUGAUUUCUAUUUUAUAUGUACCGUCUCAACCCAUUGUCAAUCUGGUGGCCAAAAGCUAACCAUUAAAGUUCCGGCAUCUUCUUCAUCUACUCCUCCUUCCCCUACUCCUCCUUCUUCUACUCCUCCUUCGUCUGGAACCACUCCUACUUCACCUACCAGCGGAGGAACACCAUCCCCGUCAUCUCCAGCUCAGCCUGGCGCAACUCCUCCAUCACCGGGUUCAGCCACUGCUCUCGUUGCUACUUUCCCUGCUUUCGUUGCUCUUGUUGUAAACUUGUUGGUUUAG